CAGCGAUGCACUCAACGACCUCAAUUCUUCAACGAUUUAAUAUCUUGUAUUUCCUUUGUUAUGUAUUUGUUUAGACAAAGUCGAUAGAGGUUCAGACUCCAGGUAACAACACGAUUUCUACUGGCCUGGAUCGGGAUGAAGCUCGCCAUCUUAAGCGCCUUAUUGGCGGCCGGAAGUGGGAGUCUCGGGGCCAUUGAGACUGCGAAAGGGUUUGAAUGGAACGAUAUCACGCCUACAGAAAGCCUAGUCUUUCAUGACUGCUUCGGGGGAUUUCAGUGCGCGCGGCUCGAUGUCCCAAUGAACUGGAAUCGUACAGAUGGGAAGGGAAGCCGGGUUGCCGUCGCCAUUAUAAAGAUCCCCGCAAAAGUCCCUGUUACCGACGAGCGAUAUGGAGGAGCCAUCCUCUCGAACCCUGGUGGUCCUGGUAACUCUGGCAUAACAUCCAUUCUGGAAGAUGGGAAGAGGGUCCAAGCUAUAGUCGACGCCACGGUCGACCCUCCUUCUGCCUCAUCGUUCAAGUCGGGAGAUAAGUACUUCGAUAUUAUUUCAUUUGAUCCUAGGGGCAUGAAUAAUACUACUCCUCAAGUCACAUGCUUUCCCGACUUAGUAGCACGUCAAGCAUGGGAUCGAGCCAUGGCUUCCGAGGGUCACAUGACAAGCUCCGACGUUGCGUAUGCGACGAAGUAUGCUAGAUUCAUGGCCCUCGGAAGCAGCUGUACAGCAAGAAUGAAGAUCCAUGGCGAGGAGGAAGACAAUCUCCUUGACCAUAUGAAUACGCCCCAUGUGGUGGCGGAUAUGGUUGCGAUUAUCGAAGCCCUUGGAGAAUGGAGAGAGAAGGAAGCUAUGAGAUUGCUCGAUUCUCCUACAUACCGAGAGUAUACGAUCAGUUCGGGACAUCAGAAACUGUUGGAGGACCCAAGGGAGAGCGGGAAUGAUAGGGCUGCCAUCAUCAAGAGGACGAGCUGGAGGAAAGGUGAAGAAAAAUUACAAUAUUGGGGUUUCUCUUAUGGAACUGUCCUUGGAGCUACUUUUGCAGCUUUGCAACCACAUCGUGUUUCUCGUCUCAUCCUAGAUGCCGUGGUGGAUAGUGAGGACUACUACAGCCUGGAAAUGAAACACAACAUCAACGACGCUGAAGCCGUAUGGCAGCGGUUCUUUUACUUCUGUGCCCUCGCUGGGCCUAAGGGCUGCCCCUUCUCUUCUUCACCGUCCGAUACAGAAGCAUCGCUACGACAAAAGUUCGACUCUCUCCUCUCUGAUUUAGAGAGACAACCAAUUGCCGUCCUUCCAUCCGACAAUUUCGAAACCUAUAUACCUGAUAUUGUUACGGUAUCCCAUCUCCUCGAGUAUAUCCUGAAAAGUUUGAACGAGCCUGCUAUAUAUUGGCCAAUUGUUGCUACCGUUCUUCAUGACCUUUAUAACGGAAAUGGCACGUCUCUUGCAAUUGUAAAGGAAAAAGAAUUCGUACAAACACCACCUUGCACAAAAUGUGAGGAUCCGUACAGCCCUUCAUGCCAACAACCGAGGUUGGGAGAAGAUCCGAUGAGGAGCGGUUCUAUAUGGUGUUCUGACGCUCGAGAAUACCAUACCACACCACAAGAUUUCAAGGAUACAACGCUAAGAAUGAUGGAGGAGCAGAGCCCUCUAUUUGGAAGGUAUUGGGCUCUAAGGAAGAUGCAGUGUGUAGCAUGGGAUGUGAAACCAAAAUGGAAAUAUUCCGGUAUCUUCAGAGAUAUUGAUACUGCACAUCCAAUCCUAUGGAUUGGGACUUCGGGUGAUCCUCUCUGUCCGCUCGCAAACGCGCACAAAAUGUCUGCCGCUUUUCCCGGCUCCAGGGUGCUGGAACAAGCCAGCCAGGGACAUUGUAGCCCCUCCGCCCCUUCUGUCUGCACUGCACGGCAUAUAAGAGCGUAUUUCCAGACAGGGGUUUUACCAGAGGAUGGAACGGUGUGCGAGGUUGGGUACGAGCCGUUUCAAGAGCUGAAAAGUGCCCAAAAGCUGGGGUACAGUGGGGAAGACAAAAAGAUUUGGGAUGCAUUGAAGGAACGUUUUGAUGGAGGUUAUCGUUUAGCUGGGGUUAUUGGAGCUUCGGAGUCCAGUGCCGCUUUGAAUGCCAAAGAAUGAGGGAAAGCUGUCAAAUGGGCUCUUGGAUUUGGGAAGUCGUUAUCAAGCACACAUAUAGUAGAGUCUUGAUUAGCUUUCCCACU